AUGCUAUCAAACCGAUCGUUUAAAUUCGAUAAUAAUCAUUUAAAACACUCUCUUAAACAAGAUCUCAAACGUCUUGAUGAUUUGAAUCACUCGACUUCCCUGAAUCAACCAGCCAUGAGUUGGUUACAUCCAAACCAACCUAUAGUGUAUAAUCCAGAACAUAUUUACAAUUUAAAAAUGGAAUCUGAUGAAGAUUAUAUGGAUUGUUUAGAAUUAAUUAUUGAUCGGAUUUAUUCCAUUUUAGGUUCUUGCUUAUAUCUUUUAGAUGAUACAUCUAGUAAAAAUAUUCAUAAAAGUGUUGUUAAACCAGAAAAAAUGACGCUAAGUUUAAUAGUAACGAACGUGUAUGAACAAAUUAAAAAUUUAAUUAAUUUUAAGAACAAUAGCAAACUUGAUGAAACCACAAAAUUAAUUGCACCUAAUCCUAAAGAGUUAUCGAAUAAAUCAGAUAAAGAAACCCAAAUCAACACCAACAUUGUUCAAUGUUCCUCAUGUUCCAUCUCAUUAAAAUGUAUUAAAUUAAUCGCAGAUCAAUUAUCAAAACUUGGAGAAAACAGAUCUGUGUCCAUAGCAAAAGAUAAAAUGAAAAGCCUAAUAUUUACGUCUACUCAAGAGGAAUCCGUUGAUUUGUUAACUAAUGCCAUAAACAAAGACGUUCGAGAUUUGACUUACAGAAAUUCAGAACUAGAGGCGAAUUUAGGUGGUCUAAAAAAUCAACUGGAAAAUUUAGAUUUAGCUCUUCAGGAAUCUUUAAAUAAAAUUAGAGAAUUGGAGGAAAAUAUAAACAAGUUGGAAGAAUUUAAAUUAAAAGAACAACAACAACACUUAAUUUUAAAUAAUAUUAUCAACAAAUUGCUAAAAAAUAAAAAACGCGCACAAGACGAAAUGGAAUGGCACAAAGUCGAAUAUAAACAGCUUGAAUCAGUAGUAGAAAGUCAAACUGCUAACAUUAAGGAAUUACAGGAAGAACUCGAAAACUUUAGAAUGAACAACAAACGUUUAUUGUCUCAGGAGGAGCUCUUAAAAUCAGAGAAAGCUCUUUGGAAAGCACGGUUUGCUCGCGCAGAAGAGACAAACGAUAAUAUUACUACACAGAACAAAGAACUUAGAAUCAACGUACAACGAAUCGCGGAUUCCAUCGAUUCCAUUGAAAAUACCUGCAAAGGUAUCGAAGAAAAUGUCUCGGAAAGUUGGGUUUUAGUAGAAGACAACAUGAAUAGUUUUCAAAGUUUUUUUAAUUGUGUUGAGGAUGUGGUUAACUCCAGUACGAUAUUAGAAGAAAACUUAAAUAAUUCUAUGCAAAUAGUUAACAGUAAAAAUAUAUCGGGAGAUAUGGAAGUUAAAGGCGAUCCUUUUUUGGAUAUGAUGAAACAGAUUAAGGACAACAACGAAAAUAUCGAAAAGAUGCAACGACAAAAUGAAGUUCUGUUAAAAAUUGUAAAAAAAUUUGAAGAACAUUCAAAAACUAGUAAUUAAUAAAAUUAAUUAGUGUUUAA